UCAGAUGGGCUGGCGGAACCAGUAGUCCCGCCGUUACACAUCGCGGAACCGGGCGGGAAUAUCACGCUGAAAUGCAGCGCUGAUACAAGUAACGCUUAUUAUUAUGCUGUUACCUGGUACCGGCAGGAGCCGGACGGGCGAAUCCAGAUCGUCACAUCCCUGAGCUCUGGCUACUUAAAAGAUGGUCGGUAUUCCGGAACACUCGACAACAAGAACGGACAGUAUAGUUUAACCAUUGCGAACCUCAGCAGAACCGACUCGGCCGUGUAUUUCUGUAUAGCGAGAGCAGCAGCUCUCCUGUUCGCACCUGGGUCCAGCACCAAACUCGUUGUAUCAGACCCGCUGACUGUCCCGAGUGUCGAGUUAUACUCUCCGGGUCUGUUUGAUGGCGAUUCGGACAGGACCGAGCCGGUUCCGCUGCUGUGUUUGGUGAGAGACACGUCUCCGGGGCGGCACCGAGUCCUCUGGACUAUCGGCGCCGAGGCAGCCGCGCCGGGCAGCGGGGAGGACGGAGAGAUCGAACCCGACGGGUCCUAUACCCUGCGCAGCUACCUCACAAUCAGCGCGGAUCAAUGGAGCAGCGGCGCUGUAAAGUGCGAGGUUUACAACAACAGCAACGUCACGGAAAACGUCUCCGCUUCACACCGAAGGCAAGACUGCGUUCCCGUGUGGUUUUACGCACUGCCCGUCGUUCUCCUGCUGAUUCUCGUCGUGGUGUCUGUGGCCUGUGUUUACAGAAGACUUCAUAAAACUGAAAGCGAUCACAAACCCAGAGACGCGCCCUGCCGUCCCCAGCGCGCCGCCCGACUGAGAACAGUCCAGGAUUACUCGACAGAAUACGCAUCGCUCAAUCUGUGACGGGCUCCACAAAGCAGAGGACUGUGCUCUAUACUUUAGAACCAGGGUCGGGCUCGGUUCUUGUUUUUCAAUUCACUGUGUAUUUAUAUAGUAGUUAGUAAAUACAUGUGUAACACAAUUCCAAUGUUAUUAUGC